UGCUUUAGAUAUAUGAUUUGAUCUUAUCGAAUGGUCUGGUCUUUAAAUUGUUCGUGUGGACAGGCCAUUCUGAAGAUCUCGCCGAUGGAUAGGUAAGGCUUGCAUGGAUGGAUCAUGGCCGCGAAGGAUUGCUGGUGAGUUGAAGUAGGGUUGACUACAAGGAAGUAUAGUAUAAGGAGGUUUGGACGGUACUUUAGCUCCUUGACUGAGUGGACAAGAGCUUCUCUACCAUUUCUUGAUCGCUUUAAAGACCUCGGAAAUCUUUAAUUUGUCGUUCACUCGUUUUGCUCACUCACUCUGGAAGUUCUUUUUCCUGACAUUCUUUUGAUCGAACUUUGAAAGUUCAAAUUCACUCACUUACCAUCCACGCUCAUUUAUUUCCAUUCUUCGAUCUCUUCCCUACCCAUUUAGGCCAUCAGAUCCACCAUAAAAUUACAAAAUGAUUGCACAAAUUCGCAACACCGCAGCUCUGGUAGCUCUCACGUCUGCCUCUGGCGUUCUGGCUCGCCCUCAUUUCAGUACCAGAGCCACUCAAGCAUCUACCGAUCUUUGCGGCGAUUAUGAUUAUCUCAUUUUGAACAAUUCGCCAUGAAUUGUGUAUAACAUGUGGUAUAACGCAAAUCAGAUCGUGGGCAGUCAGUGUACAUAUUAUGAUAGUAUGAUCACAGGGAGUGAUGGGACUGCUGAGGUGAAGUGGAACAGUGAGACCGAUAUUACCUAUGUCGAAAGCACAAACAAUGUUCCCAAAGGAUACUCUUUCGUCGGCCUGACCCAAAAUUUGGAAACCCCUCUCACAGGCAUCGCUUCCAUUCCUACAACCUACACCUGGACACGCUCCAACACAACCGCCUUCAAAGGAAACGUCUGCUACGAUUUCAUGACCAACGAUGUUAAAGGUGACUCUACAUCGAGCUCUUCCCAGGAACUCAUGCUCUGGUUACAAUACCAAGGUGGUCAAUUACCCAUUGGAUGGGCUGAUGGAAGCGUAGCUACCAUUGACAAUUUAUUUGGUACAAGCUGGGAUCUGUAUCAGGGUGUUAACGAAGAUACGGGUAUCACCGUCAGCAGUAUGUUGCCGAAAACACAAUUUGAGGGAAAAUUUGAGGGUUAUUUGAGAGAUUGGUUCGUUGCGCUUGUGGGACAAGGUCUCUUUACUGAGAAAACUUAUGUUAACGUUGGAAAUGCCGGUACCGAAUUUUUCUACGGAAACGCAAUCAUGAACGCUACCCUCGGUCUCCAAAUCGAUCUCGGUACAGCUACCUCUGCAGCAGUUAAAGUAGCAGCUGUUUCUUCAGCACCUUCAAGUGCAAGCCAAAUCGCUUCUACUUCUGCGGCAAUCGUUCCAUCAACUAGCUCAUCCGCUGUUGCUAUUACUACCUCCGCUUCAUCUGCACAAGCACCAACCGGCACCUCUUUCAUUGCGGCUGUAUCUACAUCGGCAAAAUCAAGCACAAAGCCUCACCAUGUAGCUACUCCUUCAGCGCCCGUUAUUGAGGGAUCUACUAUCGCUUCCGCCUCUGUAGCAACAUCAACCAGUGUAGCUGCUAGCUCGGCUGCUGGUAUUGAAACCUCUGUUUCCAGUGCUGCUGUUGCUGCUCCAACUUCGUCUGAUGACGGAGAUGAUGAGUGUGAAAUCUAAAUGUGUAUAUAGUUUAGACGAUUUCACUGUAUGGAGUAAGUGAAACGGAAAGAAAAUUUAGAAGGAAAAAGAUGGGAAGGCAGGGGGAGAGAAACUUGUUUCUUGCACAUACUACACUCUACAUAUUUUAGACGCUCAUGUUGGCCAGCACUUAUUAUUGCAAGAGAAUACACGUCUCAUUUUAUAUGCAUCGAGCUAUACACAUGAAGCACUUGAGAAAUAAGUUGAAUCUAUAUUGUAUCUCGUCUGAGAUACGUGAUUUUCUUCUCGGUCAAAACAAUGAGAUUUUAAUCUCUGCUGUUGAGGUUCUACCCCACUUUCCUAAUUCGGUUGAAUGUGUAAUGGUCGCUUCCACUCC